AUGACGCCGUUCGAGCCGCUCCGCGUCGGGGCGGUGAACUACCUGAACUCGAAGCCGCUGAUCCAUCGCUUCGAGGAGCACGCCCGCCGGCUAGCCGAGUCGGAGGCGGCGCUGCGUGGCGUGCGGCUCUUGAAAGACCUGCCGAGCCGGCUCGCCGAUUCGCUCACGGCGGCGCGGCUCGACGCGGCCCUGGUGCCGGCGUUCGAGGCGCUGGCGGCGCCCGACUGGCGGAUUGUUUCGGACGCCUGCGUCGCGGCCGACGGGCCGGUGAGCAGCGUGAAGGUCUACUUCCGUCGCCCGCCCGCCGAGGUGAGGACGCUCGCGCUCGACGAAGGGUCGCGGACGAGCGCGGCGCUAAGUCGCCUCUUGCUCUUGCGUCGUGUCGGCGUCGAGCCGCAGCGCUCGCGUUUGCCGAUCGGCGCCGGGCUUGGCGAUUCCGACGCGGACGCGGUGCUCCUCAUUGGCGACCGCGCGAUGCACACGCCGGCUGCUGAGUUGCGAGAGCAGUUCGUUGCCGAAUGGGACCUCGCCGAAGAAUGGCGCCGCGACACGGGCCUGCCGUUCGUCUUCGCCGUGUGGGCUGCGCGUCCGAACGUGGACGGCGCGGCGCUCGCGGCGUUGUUCGAGGCGAUGCGGGACGACGGCCUCGUCGCCUUCUCCGCAAUCGCUCAGCAAGAAGGCCCGCCGCUCGGGCUUACGGUCGAGCACGCCGAGCGUUACCUUCGCCAGAACCUGCGGUUCACGCUCGGCCGGGCUGCUCCCCGACGCGUCGAACUCCAACACGACUGCAACACCACUGCCCGUCCGAUGAUCGCCGCUAUCAGCGUCCAAGAGAUUCUCGCCAAAGCCGCCGAAGGUCAGCGCCUGACGCGCGACGAGGGCGUGCGACUCCUCAAGGAAGGAAGCCUCGCCUCGUUGGGCCGCGCGGCCGACGAGGUGACGCGCCGGCUCCAUCCCGAGCCGCACCGCACCUACAACAUCGAUCGCAACAUCAACUACACGAACGUCUGCACUGCGGUGUGCGACUUCUGCGCGUUCUACCGCGGGCCCAAGUCGGACGAGGGCUACGUGCUCUCGAUCGACGAGAUCCUCAAGAAGGUGCAAGAGACGGUCGAGCUCGGCGGCGAGCAGACGCUGCUGCAAGGCGGCCUGCACCCCGAGUACAAGCUCGAGUGGUACGAGUCGAUGCUCGGCGAGAUCAAGCGGGCGUUCCCGCAGGUCAACCUGCACGCCUUCAGCCCGCCGGAGAUCCAUCACUUCACCAAGAUCAACAAGCUGCCGCUUCGCGAAGUGCUUGAGCGGUUGAUGGCGGCCGGCAUGGGGAGCCUCCCCGGCGGCGGCGCCGAGAUCCUGGUCGAUCGCGUCCGUAAAGAGAUCACCCGCGGCAAGGUGCUGUCGGACGACUGGCUGAACGUGAUGCGCGAGUGGCACCAGCUCGGCGGCCGCAGCAGCGCCACCAUGAUGUUCGGUCACGUCGAGACGCUCGAAGAACGGAUCGAACACCUCGAUCGGUUGCGCGACCUGCAAGACGAGUCGCUUGCGGCGGGCCACAAGGGAUUCACCGCGUUCAUCUGCUGGACCUUCCAGCGCGACAACACGCAGCUCGACCACCUGCCGCCGGCCGGCGCCCACGAGUACCUCAAGACCAACGCCGUCGCGCGGCUCUAUCUCGACAACUUCGCCAACCUCCAAUCGAGCUGGGUGACGCAGGGGCUCAAGGUCGGCCAGAUGGCGAUGCUCUACGGCGCCAACGACAUGGGCAGCCUGAUGAUCGAGGAGAACGUCGUCGCCGAGGCCGGGACCGUUCACUUCCUCACGCUCGACGACAUCCGCGGCGCCAUCGAGGAGCUGGGGUUCACCCCCCGGCAGCGGAACGUUCAUUACGAGUUGGUCGACCCUGAGCACGAAAUGCGGGCCGUCAAAGCCGCCCGCAAGGUACUGCCGAAGCUUCCGGUAGUGAGCUAG